ACCAGACUCUGAAAAAUAAAGUUUGGAAAGACAUUCAGACGGGGUUCAUUGUGCCGGACACCUUCAAACAUGAUUGUCUCAUCCUAGCUGGGAAGUUAAUGAAAGACUUCAAGAAUAGGAUGACAAAAGACAUCAUAAUGCCCGCGUUGAAAGAGAAUGAUCUGGGACGACUGGCACAAGUCCCUGAAAAGCACCCGGAGAUCGACGCUGCUGAUUGGUGCAAAUUUGUUGAAAGUAGACUAACUCCUGAAUUUCUGGAAUUGAGUAAGGUGCAACGUGAACGUUCCUCAAAAAUUCAAUCCAGACAUCGAAGUGGUCGGAGUGGAAUGGUGAACGUACGGGAAGCUGUGAAAAAGGACCUCGAAGUUGCAGAUCCUCCCCGCCACCGUGUUUGGAUUAAAUCUCGCACCAAGAGUAGAAAACUUGUCACUGAUUACGACAAGGAAAUUGCCGAGAAGAUAGCUCAAUUAGAGGAGAAGCUUAGUCAGGGACAAAUUCAGGUCCAGGGCCAAAACGAUAUCCUCACGCAGGCGCUCGGGACACCAGAGCAUCCUGGACGUGUCAGGGCUGCUGGGUUCCUGACCAGGGCAUCUCAACUGUUCGGCAGGAAGAAAAGGGAAGUGUCUGAUGUUGUGGCUCGGCAAGCGAAGGAGAUUGAACAAUUAAAAGCCGAAGUCCAAUCCCUUAAGCAGCAGAGGAACGCUGCCGAACAAGAGGAAGAAGGAGAGGUGGCUGGUGAGGCGUAUGUUCCACAACCAUACGCUCCUCAGGAUGAGGUACAACCACAAAUUUAUGCUGAGGAGUUCAUUUCCCUCAACGACCAAGGUAUCCUAUACAAUUUUGAUGACCAUGCGGCCCUUAAUCAGCAAGUACAUCUCUGCUCUGACAACAUCGACAAUAUUGUGGCCCGAGGGUAUUUGUACGAGCAUGUGGGUAAGAACAAAGUUCACUGCCAGGAUUACGAUGAUUCACAUGCUCGGAUCAUGAUUUCAGAAAUCCUGCAAGAGGACGCUGAAAUCCCAGUCCCACUUGAAGAGUUCAGAUAUGUUAGGGACGUGUACCAGAUGUUCCUUCCUUGGCCUAAACACUUAAUUUUAACAACCGAGGGUCCACUCGCUCAACCGCCCUCAAGACGUGAUGCGUCAAAGGGGAAAGCUCCGAUGCUUUCUCCACAAAGCCGUGGUGCACGGGAAGAUGAGUUGUUCACGGAAGAGAAGAUGGCGUUGAUCCCUAAUUCGCUGAAAUGGAUGAUUCAUGAAUUCCUAAGGCUCAAAGAUAAACGUGAUAUAAUCACAAUUUCUGUCCCCCGAGGAUUCAUUGCACCGCGUACCCGGAUCAUUUUAUACGGAGAGGAUUUGCGACGGAGUUGCUACGUGUAA